CCCCAACCCUCUCUUUCUCCUCACUUGUCAAAUUAAUUUCAUCAAUUCAUGGAUUCUCCGCCUGCUCUCUCCACCCUCAACAUGAUACCAGCAGCUGAUCGCUCUCUUGACGGGUUCUUCGUUUCGCAGCCGGAGAUCAACCGCCAUCCGCCGCCGACUAAAGCUGCAGGCGUCAGGCCUUAUGUCAGGUCCAAAAUGCCUCGGUUGAGAUGGACGCAUGAUCUUCAUCAGUGCUUCAUCAACGCCGUCGAGCGCCUUGGAGGAGAGGAUAGGGCAACUCCAAAAAUGGUGCUGGAGUUGAUGAAUGUGAAGGGGCUGACCAUAACACACGUCAAGAGCCAUCUUCAGAUGUACAGGAGCAUGAAGCAUGAGCAGAUGUUACAGGAAGUGGAAGCAGCAGAAGCAGCGGCAGGAAAGAACAAGAAAACGGAAGCCAUUCCACAACCAAAUUAUUUCCAGAUUUCAGGCUCUUCACAAUAUUCCAACAGCCAAAACCCUGACAUGCUAUCAAUUACCAAAGAUGCGCCUUUUCAGGACCAACAUUGCGCUUGUUUCUACUCUACGUCCCAUGUCUCUGAUAACACAAGGCCGCGGCCUCCAAUUUGGCAAGAGGUGAAACUGAAAGCAAUGGAAACCGAAGCUAAUAUUGUUCCCCCAUUUUACCACCCAGACAAUGGCCAGAGAUUCAACUACUCCAUCAUGCUCAGGGACUUGUUCCGCGGCUGCAAACCUCCAUUAACAAACACUACUUCUCUUGCAACCGUAGGAUUGCACGCACAGGUCCGGACCCCAGACGUUAUCAACGUGCGAAGGAGCAAGGAGAAGCAAGUGGUGCUACGAGAUUUGAACAGUGGCAGCAAGCAAUCAAGUUUUGUUUCGGGGUGUCCGAGGGCUUUAAGGGUCGAGCCCAGAGGGUUAGGACCAUCUGAAUCCACAGACACAAAUGAUGUCUCCCUUGAACUAACUCUUGGUUAAUUAAUUCAAAUUAACAUACAUAUUAUCUUCGUAUUAGACUUAAUUUACAGAAUUAAUGACUUUAAGUAUCUAGUUUUUGUUUUGCUAAUAUCAAAGAAUUUGUAUGGAGGAAAUUAA